UUGCGGACGUCAAGGGGUCCUCUUUCCACGGUGGCUAGGCUAAGGAUUAGCUGACAAAAUGCCGACUGUUAGCGUGAAACGGGAUCUUCUCUUCCAAGCCUUGGGGAAAACGUACACGGACGAGGAGUUUGAUGAACUGUGCUUUGAGUUUGGGCUUGAGUUGGAUGAAAUAACCACAGAGAGAGAGCAGAUCAGUCGCGAGCAGGGGGACUGCAAGGCAUCAGGGGCCUCCGAGGUGGUGCUGUACAAGAUCGAUGUGCCAGCUAACCGCUAUGACCUGCUGUGUCUGGAAGGCCUCGCCCGGGGACUGCAGGUCUUUAAGGAUAAGAUGGAGGCUCCGCGCUACCGACGUGUGAGCCCAGCCAGUGGAGAGCCUCAGAGGCUUCUUGUGACUUCAGAGACAGCUGCGGUGCGUCCCCACGCUGUGGCAGCGGUGCUCAGGGACAUCACCUUCACGCAGGAGCGCUACGACAGCUUCAUUGAGCUUCAGGAGAAACUUCACCAGAACGUCUGCAGGAAAAGGACCUUGGUGGCCAUCGGCACCCACGACCUGGACACCGUCUGCGGCCCCUUCACGUACACGGCCAAGCUCCCAGCCGACAUACACUUCAGGCCCCUCAACCAGACCCAGGAGUUCACUGCCGUGGAGCUCAUGAGCCUGUACAAGACGGACAGCCACCUGAGGCACUACCUCCACAUCAUCGAGGACAAGCCCGCCUACCCCGUUAUCUACGAUAGCAAUGGUGUCGUCCUGUCCAUGCCUCCCAUCAUCAACGGAGACCAUUCCAAAAUCUCCCUCAAAACGAAAAACGUCUUUGUUGAAUGCACAGCCACAGACCUGACCAAGGCUAAGAUCGUGCUGGAUAUGAUGGUGACCAUGUUCUCUGAGUACUGCGCAGAGCCCUUCACGGUGGAGGGGGCUGAGGUCGUGUCUCCUGAUGGCAGUACCUACAUGUACCCGGAGCUUGCUUACAGAACGGAGACACUGUCCAGUGAAUUCAUCAACCGCAAGGUCGGCAUCAACGAGUCAACGGAGCGCAUCGCCGGCCUGCUCACCAAGAUGUGUCUGCGCUCGCAGCCCACUGGCGCCGGGGACCAGAUCCAGGUGGAGAUCCCGCCCACGCGCUCUGAUGUCAUCCACGCCUGCGACAUCAUGGAGGACGCCGCCAUGGCAUACGGCUUUAACAACAUCCCCCGCACCACUCCAGGGACCUACACCGUGGCCAAUCAGUACCCCCUGAACAAGCUGACGGAGCUAUUGAGACAAGACCUGGCGGCGGCUGGAUUCACUGAAGCCCUCAACUUUGCCCUGUGUUCUCAGGAGGACAUCACUGACAAGCUGAGGAAGAAGCUCUUUGAGACCAGGGCCGCCCACAUCGCCAACCCAAAGACAGCAGAGUUCCAGGUGGCACGCACCACGCUGCUCCCAGGCCUGCUGAAGACCAUCGCGGCCAAUAGGAAGAUGCCGCUGCCUCUCAAACUUUUUGAGAUCUCAGACGUGGUGCUGAAGGAUGAGACCAAAGACGUGGGGGCCAGGAACAGCCGGCGGCUGUGUGCCGUGUUCUACCACCGCAGCCCGGGCUUCGAGGUGAUCCACGGCCUACUGGACCGCGCCAUGCAGCUCCUGGAGGUAGCGCCGGCCCGAGGAACGGGGUACCACAUCCAGGCUGCUGACGACUCCACCUUCUUCCCGGGCCGCUGUGCCGAGGUGUUUGUGUGCGGGGUCAGCGUGGGCCGGCUGGGGGUCCUCCACCCCGACGUCAUCCAACGCUUUGAGCUCACCAUGCCCUGCUCCGCCCUGGAGAUGGACCUGGAGCCCUUCCUCGGCUGCCACUCAGAGGUGCUGCUCACGCACGACGUCCCCUUGCAGGAGGUCCUCCACCACCGGUUCGUGGAGGUCCCCGUCCCCGCCUCCACCCGGACGGUGUUCGGGGACCUUGGCACCGCCGCCGGGCUGCGGGCCCUCAACGAGUUCCUGGCCCCGAGGAGCUACAUCGAGGGGUUUCUGGCGUCCAGCGCCGACACAGAGGUGCUUGGGGCUAUACCGGCGGACUGCCCCCCGCCCCCGGCACUCUGCCAUGCCCUACGCUGGUACCGCCACGCCCGCUCACUAGGGGCCGGCUGUGGCCUGCCCACCGCACGGCGCCGCUACGUCCUGGAGGCAGAGUGAGAGCCGUAGUCUAUACUCCUCAGAACACCGCCCAAUAUACAGGGUGCCUGCACCCUACUCCUCAGAAGACCCCCCCCCCCCCCCCCCCCCCAACAUACAUUGUAUUCCAUGGCCAUGCCUGGCCAUCGAUUACAAUGACUAGAGCUCACAUGAUUGGUAAAAUAAAGGAAAGGAUCUGUAUAAGGGAUUUGUAUCGUUGUCUUUCCAAUUUUCUUCACAUCAAGCCUAAGUAAGCCUAAAGAAACAAUGAGUUUGACUCCAUACAUGAAUUGUCAAAAGGGAACAAUACAAACAAAUGAAAUCAAAAUAAUGGUCCAUAAACUGGUUCUGCAGGCUUCUAGCUUUCCAUUGAUUUCCAUUUGGAAGAAUGGUGCUUUGGAAUAACGUGUUGAAUAAAAGUUUUGAUAUAGA